AUGUUUACCGUCAUGCACCAUCAUGCAAGUCCCUACACUGAGCCUUCUAAAUUCCGCCGCACCUCCGUUCUAUUGACUAACGCGGAAGACUCGGCUCUUGACGGGCCGAAUGGCAGCACGGAACCUUCAAAGAGACGCCGGGAAGAUACCAGUCCGGACGACGAACAGACUGCAGACGACCGCAGGUACAAACGGGCCUGCCAGUGGGACUCGGACGAUUACGUCGAAGACGACUGGGACAACCAGACCCCUUCCGAGUCCGAGGUGGAAUCGGUCGUGGAACGGAUGUGUCAGCAUAUGAGGGCUCUAUGGGAGAGAAACGAGGAGAAUUCAAGAGGUCAGGAUGGUGAGAUGGAAGAGUGUGGAGAAAAUCAAGCGAGCGAGGGGGAAGACCCCAGCGGCCAAAAUAACUCAGAGAUUGAAGAGCGGUCCAGCAGCAGAAAUGAGGAGAGUCGAUAA